UUCUCCGGCGGGUCGCGGGGGCGGGGGCUCCGGGCGGUCUCCUCGAGAGCUCUGCCUUUUCAUUGCUUUUGGGAAACUCGCCUCCUGCGAGCCGUGGCUGUCUGGAUAACCGUGUUUUGGCUUGUUUUAUAGAUACUAGAAUGUGUCCCUCCAGCUGGGCCUGAGGCGUCCGAGUCAACCGUGGAGGAAAACGAAGAUGACAUCCAGUUUGUGAGUGUAAGUAGCAGCGGUAUUUGGGUUUUUCCGAGUCAGGGUUUGUGCGUGACGAGCCGCGAUGUGAUUACCCCUCGCCUGUUCACUCUUCGUCCGGCAAACGUGUGGACGUCUCAUACCGACUGGAGACUGAGGAGCAGGACACAGGAGUGGGUGUCAGACCGGACACCGUGGAGCAGGCACAGGAGUAGAGCGUUUGCCCACAGAGAGAUCUCGGCCGCCCCCGCAGCCAUCGCAGAGACUGUGGCCUUUGGCCUGUUGGAGCCUGGAUCACACCUUCCCCUCUCCUUUGCACGUGGACCCGCUGGUGUGCGCAGGGUUCUCCUAAGACUGUGUUUGAAUUGAGACCAGAGUAACUUCUGAAAGAUGGCCCCCAGGUUGGGGAGAAGGGGCAGCUAGUGAUGAGGAAGGAGGUAGAAGAGAAGGAGGCGGGCUGCCGGAGGUCAGCAUCAGAGCCUGUGUGUCUCUGUAGGGUGGGGGCAGGUGCCCUGAAGACCUCACUGAGCUCUGAGCUCACCCUGCUACAUCACAGUCCCGCAGGCCAGGUUCACAGUGAGGGGCCUGCAUCACAGGAGCAUCCUGUUAUCUUUCUGUGUUUAUUUCCUUCUGACAGUUUUCAAGCAUGAGUGAGUGGAAGUGUGCAGAAUCCUGCUCCCCACUCCAGACCUAUGGAAUCAGGAUUUGUAGGAAGGACCACUGAGGCCUGUUCUGGAAUACAUCGACCUGGUCAGCAGUGAUGAUGACGAGCCUAGCACCUCUCAACGUGAGAGAAUGCCUGAGUCUAAGGUGCCAUCCUCAGAGAGUCGUCGCCCAGAAAUGUGCUCUGGCUGCAGUGCUCCUCCUCCCAGUGGAGACAGCAGUUCCUCCUCUGGGCGCUGCGCCAGCAGUCCUCAAAGGAUGGUUUCUCACCCUUCUUCUGUUGAGAACCCAUUGGAGACCCAGAGAAAUGAUCACAGUAAUUCAGGAUAAGCAUAAAGACCAUAUUGACCAUCAGAAGGAUAAGGUCGCCUUGACUCUGGCACGCCUAGCCCGCCAUGUUGAAGUGGAGAAACAGCAGAAAGAAGAAAAGAAUAGGGCAUUCAGGGAAAAAAUCGAUUUUCAGCAUGCUCAUGGGUUACAAGAAUUGGAGUUUAUUCGAGGACAUUCUGAUACAGAAGCAGCAAGACUGUGUGUGGACCAGUGGUUAAAAAUGCCAGGACUCAAAACAGGCACGAUUAAUUCUGGAACAAAAGGUUCAUUCCGAAGAGGAAGCCAAAUUCGAGCAUCUGGGAAACCAAUUUCAUGUCCCAUAAUGCACUGUAACAAGGAAUUUGAUAAUGGGCACCUUCUCUUAGGACAUUUGAAAAGGUUCGACCACUCUCCAUGUGAUCCAACAAUUACACUGCAUGGACCUUUCAUCAGUUCCUUUGCUUGUGUAGUAUGUUAUAAAAAUUUUGUUACUCAGCAACAAUAUAGGGAUCACCUUUUUGCUAAGGAAGAUGCAGAUGAUGGACAUAAAAACAACCUUCUUCCUCAGAUUAUUCAGUGUUUUGCGUGUCCAAAUUGCUUCCUCCUUUUUAGCAGCAAGGAUGAGUGUUUGAAGCAUAUGUCUGGAAAGAAUCAUUUCCAUCAGAGUUUUAAACUGGGUGAUGACAAGACAGUGGCACAGCCAAUAUCAUUUCCAUCUUUUGCAAAGAAACUUUUGAUCUCUCUGUGCAAAGAUGUUCCAUUUCAAGUUAAGUGUGUGGCCUGCCACCAGACCCUGCGUUCCCACAUGGAGCUUACUGCCCAUUUCAGAGUUCGUUGUCGAAAUGCUGGUCCUGUAGCUCUAGCUGAGAAGAGCAUUGCUCAGGUGGCAGAGAAAUUCCUACUGAGAGGUUACUGUCCACAUUGCAACCAUGUCUUUGUGGAUGAAACCAGUACCUGGAAUCACAAGCAGAAUUCAGGACACAAAGUCCGAGUCAUUAACUCAAUGGAAGAAUCAAUCUUACUUUAUUGCCACAGCAGUGAAGGGAACAAACCUCAUUCUGACUUGCACCUGUUGCAAGAUGAGUCAAAAUUUUCAUCACUGAAAAGAAAUAUGUCCUCUCAAGAAUCUAGCUCACAGGAUUGCAGCACUGUUCCAAAAAAGAAGAUGAAUUUAGGAGUUAAAAGCCAUGGGGGUGUGGUUUGUUUUCAGAAGGAAAGGUCACUUGUUAAAACCUGGUUUUGUGAAUGCCAUCAACGCUUCCCGAGUGAAGAUGCAGUAGAAAAGCAUGUUUUCUCAGCAAACACAAUGUGUUACAAGUGUGUGGUCUGUGGGAAGGUGUGUGAAGAUUUGGGAGUCAUCCGUUUACACAUGAGCCGCAUUCAUGGAGGGGCACAUUUAAAUAACUUUCUUUUCUGGUGUCGGACAUGCAAAAAGGAGUUGAGGAGGAAAGAGGCUAUAAUGGCCCAUGUGACUGAGUUUCACAGUGGACACAGGUAUUUUUAUGAGACGGAUGAGGUGGAAGGUGACACUUUGCCAUCAUCCUCUACAGCACUGAGGAGUGAUCUGACUGCUGAGAAGCCUUCAGCUAUUACUAUUGUUGAUCACUCCCCAGCAAGCGGUCCUCCAAGGGGUAAAUGGCAAUGCCGAAUUUGUGAAGAUAUGUUUGACUCCCAAGAAUGUGUAAAGCAACACUGCAUGUCUUUAACAAGUCACCAGUUUCACAGGUACAGCUGCACCCAUUGCAAAAAGACUUUUCACAAGAUGGAAACAUUACAACGACAUUGCCAAGAUGAGCACGACAGUGAGGUAAAGAUGAAGUACUUUUGCGGGCUCUGCGAUCUGAGUUUUAACAUGGAAGAUGAGUUUUUGACUCAUUAUAAGGAGCACCACAGCACAGACUAUGUAUUUGUGUCAGAAAAAACGGAACCUUCCAUUAAAACGGAGAGUGAUUUUCCAGUAAUAGAGACGGGUAAUCUGCUGACCUGCGGCUGCCGCGAGAGCUACCUCUGCAAAGUUAACAGGCGGGAGGACCAUGGCCGCUGUCUGCAGACCCUGCUGGGCCAGGGCCGCCUGUGGUUCCGCUGUGGCGUUUGCUCAGCCACAACUCAGAGCCUCGGUGACCUGCACACGCACGUGCGCCAGGUGCAUGCGGACCUGGAGGCCCCACCGCGGGGCCUCAUCAAGUGCGGCACGUGCACCAAGGCCUUCCAGGACCCCGAGAGCGCGCAGCAGCACUUCCACAGGAAGCACUGCUCGCUGCGGCGGCCCGUCGGGGCCUGCCUUGCGGCCGAGCCCAAGAGCCCACCACCCGUCCGGGCAGAGAGGAAGGCCAGACAGACCGCAGGCGGGCUGCAGACUGCAGAACCGGAGAGAGCCGCUGAGAUGGAGCUGAGCGGCCAGAGCGCAGAUGAAGAGGUUGUUGAGCUCCCAGACUUGGAUUACCUGCGAACUAUGACUCACAUAGUCUUUGUCGACUUCGAUAACUGGUCCAACUUUUUUGGUCACCUACCAGGGCAUCUUAACCAAGGAACAUUUAUUUGGGGCUUUCAAGGGGGGAACACCAACUGGAAGCCUCCGGCCCACUGUAAGGUCUACAACUACCUGAGCAGGAUUGGCUGCUUCUUCCUGCAUCCUCGCUGCAGUAAGAGGAAGGAUGCUGCUGAUUUUGCCAUAUGUAUGCAUGCUGGCCGUCUAGAUGAACAGCUGCCCAAGCAGAUUCCUUUCACCAUCCUCUCAGGAGAUCAAGGUUUUCUGGAGCUAGAGAAUCAGUUUAAGAAGACUCAGAGGCCAGCACAUAUACUCAACCCUCACCACUUAGAGGGAGAUAUGAUGUGUGCCUUGUUAAAUAGCAUAUCUGACACCACCAAAGAAUGUGACAGUGAUGAUAACCUGGGUAUAAAAAGUGCUUCAGUGGGAGAAGAAUUCAGAUCCGCAGAAGAUGUGGAAUUAGAAGAAGCUAUUAGAAGAAGUCUUGAGGAAAUGUAACUAAAGGUAUUACCACACAACAUCAAGUGGCCUUGAAGAGAACUCAGGAUGAUGAAUUCUUGAGUUUGUUUUCUAAAGGAGACCAGAAAUCUACUAGUACAAAUGUAUUUGAAAACACACUGUUUUUGCUUUUGUAUGUUCAAACUCUGAUAUUGCUUUGUGUUUUUGUGCCAUUUGCAAAAAUGUACAGAGGAACAGAAUAUAUGUUAAUGCAAAUACAAAUCAUAUACUCUAAUAUAGGUAUCAUGUUUCCCAGGUAACCUUGAAUUCAUAUACUUAGGUUAAAAUGAUUUUAAAAAAAGAAAUAAAGAAGCCCUUGACGAUUGUUUAUAUGCUUCCCAAAUAGAACUGGUUCUUUAAUUUGUACUGUACAGAUGAUUCUAGUUUAUUUUUUUUAAGAGUGAAAAUGAAUACAAAUAAAGCUAUCAUAGCUCAUUUUUUCUGUAAAUUUUACUUCCUAUGUGGCACUAAUAUAUAUUAUCUUUGAGGUCUUUUUAUGAUUAUUAGAAGAGAGUAAAGGAAACUGAUGGUGAAAACAGAUGAAAAAUUUUAUCAGCAGUGUUCUUUGUGGCUUUCACUCAGAUGUAUAGUCCUGCUUUACUUAGAGCUGUGCAUUGCUGGAAUGAAAUAGAAAACCAACCUAAUUUCUUUGAAAGUAGUAAAAAGAAACUUUUUCCAUUCUUUUUACCUACUUUGAUUUCAUAUGACUUGUAUUAAUUACUGUUUAAAGGGAAUGAUGUAAAAGUCUUUGCAUAGAAUUAGGCAUACUUUUAAUAUUAGUCCUUUUAUAUAUAUGUAUAUAUUUGUGUAAACAUAGUAUUCUUUAGAAAAUAAUGUUGAAAGUCUACUCAGGAGUAAUCUUCCUUAACCAUUUAAAAUUUUUAUUUCAUAUGGAAGUAUCUUCAUUUUAGUUAUUCAUUAAAAUGUCAAUUUCCUACAGUUGGUAUUACAUAUUUAAUUUUUAAAUGUUGAAGCCUUAUGAUGAAUAAUAAAAAAUGUUAUAUAAUUAGAAGACUUAAGAAGGGGCUUGUCAUACAAACUUUGUGAAUAUACUUCAUGUUAUUUGACCAGAAAUGUCAUCCCUAAAAGUUUUGAGUAGUAGUUACUUACCAAACUUAAAAUUUUCUAUAAAUAUAAAUUUUUCUUUAAGACAAAAAAAAAAAAAUCAUAGCUAGAACUCUGGUCUUCCUCUGCAACUAGAUAAUUUAGUGUUACAUAGUGUGACUUGUCUUAUUAUAUUACAGUCUUUUCAGUCCAUAUUGGAAACCAGUUUGUGUUCUUUCUUUCUUAAGCUGUCAGUUCUGUCUCCCUGCUUGCUUUUUAAGUAGACGUCAUAGCUUGAGAAUGUCCUAGUCAUUUUUCCAAAGUGAGCACCCUGUACUUUUAGUUUGUUGGGGUAGUUUAAGGCUUUGGGAGGUGGUUACAGAGCUGGACCUUAAAGACAUCUGGGGAGCCUGCUCAGCAGUGGGAGCUUGAACAGGUGUCCAGAAGGAGCUGGCUGUGCUGGAGGCGCCUGCUGGGCGGGGGCAGCUGUGUUGCUGGGACACUCAUGGGGUGUGAUGGUACCAGAGUGACACAGUCGGGGACGGGUAGUCAUCAUGAUCCUUAAAAUAAGGUCAUUGGGUUGCUUAGUGUUUUAAUAAUUGUCACUGAUUGUAUUUCUGCUUACUACAAAAUUAAAAAUCAUUUUUGAAUUACUUCAUAAUUUGAACUUAGACAUAUGGAGGAGAGUGGAUGUUACACAGAGUAAUGGGGAAUAUUAUGAAGAGUAAAUGUUUCUGACAACGAUGCUUGUUUGCUUUUAUUCGUCUUUCAUUUUACUGUGAUAAGUUUUUUUUCUUUUAAAAAGUUUUUAUUGUGAUGCCUUUUUAUACCUGAAUAACUGCUUUUGUCAAAGAAAUGAUGAAUGACAAUGUUUAUUUUAAAAAGGAUAUAUAGGUAGUGUACUGAUAACAUCUGGUUGGUGGUAUCAUUGAUUGUCUUAAAUAAAAGUUCCUCCGUUAAAGACUUUA